CGCCAUUAACCCGUGACGUCGGAACUGUUACGAGCACAUAAAAUUCACAGUACAAUGACAUUACACUAACUAACAAGAAAUAACGCUUGCAUUAGGAAAACACCAAAGGCAGGUCUGAACAUCUUGGUCUCGCCAUGGGCCGCAUCUUUCUGGACCACAUCGGAGGUACGCGGCUGUUCUCCUGCGCCAGCUGCGACACCAUCCUAACCAACCGCUCGGAGCUUAUUUCCACACGUUUCACAGGAGCUACUGGCAGGUCCUUCCUGUUCAACAAGGUGGUCAAUCUGCAGUACAGCGACGUGCAGGACCGUGUGAUGCUGACCGGGCGACACAUGGUCCGGGACGUCAGCUGCAAGAACUGCAGCAGCAUGCUGGGCUGGAUCUACGAGUUUGCCACUAAGGACAGCCAGCGGUACAAGGAAGGCCGAAUCAUCCUGGAGAGAGCCCUGGUGAGAGAGAGAGAGGGCUUUGAGGAGCAUGCGCCGUCAGAUGUGUACUGACGUAUGCUUGAUGUCUCUUUGCCUGAUCUUCGGUAUGAGCUGUCAUCGUCUUUGUCCUGCGGUGAACAUCAGAGCCAUCAGAACAUAAGAAGGUGCCUCAGAGAUGUUAUCCUGAGAGCGUGCACACACGCACACACACACACACACACACACACACACACACACACACACACACACACACACACACACACACACACACACACACACACACAAUGCAGUAUUAACCUAGUGACUUCUAUAGCCCUGGGCCACACCACAGGCUUUUGCCAUCUCUGUGAUCCAGGCUUGUCCCUUGUGCAGGAGGACAGUGUCAGGCAACCUGCUUCUGGGCUGGAGUUUCUCCAUGAAUGUGGUCCUGUUAGCCAGCUAGCUCCCGGGGUUCCCUAAGGUGAAUCGCUCUGACCGUGAAAAACCCCCAGGCCUUCACUUAAGCAC